CGUGCUUGUUACUUGCCAAAGUGUUCUCUACUGUUUCAUUUAAUUGUGGUUAAUUCAGUUAAUUGUGGAACAUAUUUAAAAGAAAAGCUUCAACAGCCUUCAAAUUAAAGUUGACACCAUGGGGCCGAAUAAAAAAGGCUUCAAUUGGAAGGCGCGGCAAGUUGUAACUACAAAAAUUAUUCAUACAGAAGGGGUUGAAAUCGAAAUUAGUGGAGCAGAGUCUUCAAAAUAUGAUGAAUGCAAUGCACUUGUCUUACCAUCCAAGAAAAGAGUAACAAAAAUUGUCAAAGAAAAGAAAUCCAAUCAACGGAUUUUGUCAAAGACACAGAGAAAGAAGCUUGAGAAGAUUGUAGAUGUCAAAAAGAAAAAAGCCAAUAGGGCAGAUUUAUUGGAGUCUCUAGCAAAGUUGCAACCCAGUGCUCAAGAGUUUUCCAUGAUGACGUCUUUGACUUCAGUUCAAACUAAAGGCAUUAAGAGAUCUAUGGCGGAAGUUGAAUCUGUUCAAUUGUUUGAUGAAACCGGAGAAAAAAUUCAAACAUCUGCAACUGCUGGGAGCAAAAGGAGACAGCGUUGGAAAGAAAAGGAAAAUGAGGAAAAAGUUAUAAACCCAAGAACUGAUAGCAAUGUAAUUGGCAUAGAAGUAAUUGAGGAAUCAAGCAGUUCAGAAAAUGAAGAAAUGGAAGGAGGCGAAAACACAGAAGAACCAGAUGAAAGCAUAGUAGAAUCAGAUGAAAACACAGAAGAACCAGGUGAAAACAAAGAAGAGGCAGAAGAAAACCAAAAAAAAACCGAAGGAAGCAAAGGAAAACCACGAAAAGAAUUGGAAGAAACUGUUCCUGGAGAAGCUAUUUCAAAUGCGGACAAAGAUAUUUCUAAUUCUAGCAAAACAGAUAUCUCUAAUGGGAAUAUUAUCGCAACGGAAGACUUGACUCCCGUCAACAAAGAUGAUAAAACAUCCACGCCCAAGCGCGAAUCAAAACCUGCUAUUUUUGUACCAGUACACCGCACGGCAGAAGUUCAAGCUGCUAGAAUGAAACUUCCCAUCCUUGCAGAAGAACAAGCAAUAGUUGAAGCAAUUAAUGAAAAUCCUGUUGUAAUUUUGGCCGGAGAAACUGGCAGCGGUAAAACCACCCAGGUUCCUCAAUUUCUAUACGAAGCCGGGUAUGCAGCCAAUGGAAAAAUUAUUGGUGUCACAGAACCCAGAAGAGUCGCUGCCACCUCAAUGGCAAAUCGCGUUGCUGACGAAAUGAACUUGCAUGACGGUCAAGUUGGUUAUCAAAUUCGUUUCGAAGGCAAUGUCAAGGAUAAUACCCGAAUUAAAUUCAUGACUGAUGGUGUUUUAUUGAAAGCAAUUCAAAAGGAUUUCCUCCUAAGUAAUUACUCUGUUGUGAUUAUCGAUGAAGCUCACGAACGUAGUGUUUACUCAGACAUCUUACUCGGUUUGUUGUCGCGUAUUGUCAUGCUUCGCCACAAAAGGGGUAAUCCAUUGAAAAUGGUUAUUAUGUCGGCCACCCUUCGUGUGGAAGAUUUUACGGAAAACCGACGACUUUUCAAGACUAAGCCAGUUGUUAUCCAAGUUGAAGCUAGGCAAUUUCCUGUCUCUGUCCAUUUUAAUAAGCGGACAGCUUUUGAAGAUUAUGUGGACGAGGCAUACCGGAAGGUGUGCAAAAUUCAUCGACAAUUACCGGAUGGAGGCAUUCUGGUCUUCCUUACAGGUCAGCAAGAGGUCAAUGCCCUUUGUAGAAAACUACGACAAACGUUUCCGGGUGUCAAAAAGACAGAGAAACCAGAGCCUGCAGAUGCGUCACCUGCACAACCCGAAGAUGUUCCGAUUGCGUCUGAAGAGGACGAAGAUGUGGAAAAAGUUUUGGCCAAAAUUCAAAAAAAGCAACAAAGCAUGAAAAAGCGCUCAAAGAAGGAAGUAGAUCAGCGAAUAAAAAUCAAUCUGGAUCAUUACUCUGCGUUGCCAUUGCAAGAACAAGAACAAGAUCAUGAUGAAAAUCUUGGAGAUUUGGCCGAUUCGGAUCAAGAGCUAGAUAUUAAUGAUGAACAGUCAGAGGCUUUAUCUCAGAGUCAAACUGCUCCUCCCUUAUGGGUUCUGCCUUUGUACUCUCUACUACCAUCUUAUCGGCAACAGAAAGUGUUUGCUCCUCCUCCAGAAGGAUCCAGGUUGUGCGUAGUGUCCACUAACGUCGCUGAAACUUCGCUUACGAUACCCAACGUCCGCUACGUGGUCGACACUGGCCGUGUCAAGACCAAGUUCUUCGACAAAGUUACUGGAGUAUCUGCUUUCCACGUAACGUGGACCUCACAAGCUGCUGCCAAUCAGCGUGCUGGGCGAGCUGGUCGUACCGGUCCUGGCCAUUGUUAUCGACUCUAUUCUUCUGCCGUCUUUAACGACGAGUUUGAAAAAUUUUCUUUGCCAGAUAUCGCGCGAAGACCGAUCGACGAUUUAGUUCUGCAAAUGAAGUCAAUGGACAUUGAAAAGGUGAUCCACUUUCCGUUUCCGACGCCACCUGAUAUUCAGCAGUUAUAUGCAGCUGAGCGUCGGCUAUUAUUGUUAAAUGCACUGGAACCGCCGCCGCGCAGCGUAGGACUCAAACAAAGCCAAGAAUGGACGUCAAAAAUCACUCCACUUGGCAGAGCCAUGGCAGCUUAUCCGUUAGCACCGCGCUUUGCAAAAAUGUUAUUAUUAAGCCAACAAAAUGAUCUACUUCAGCUGAGCAUUACCUUGGUGGCUGCCCUAUCUGUACAAGAACUUGUGCUGGAUCAGCCAGCCGAUUCCGAAGCAGGCGAUACUCACAGAAGGUGGCUUGGUCAACGUCGAUCCUGGGCUGGAACAGGACAGUCUCUACUUUUAGGAGACCCCAUGGUACUUCUGCGUGCUGUUGGCGCCGCCGAGUAUUCGGGUGAUAUUGAAGCUUUUUGUUCGACGAACGGGAUACGUAGCAAAGCUCUUCGUGAAGUCCGAAAACUGCGGGUCCAGCUGACAAACGAAACGAACUUGAUUUUACCAUCGGGCACUGCAUCGAUUGUGGUCGACCCUCGCAUGGCGCCCCCCACUGAAUUGCAAGCCAAACUCUUGCGUCAGAUUCUGAUGGCUGGACUUCCCGAUCACGUGGCUAAGCGAAUACCUCCAAAUGAAAUCAAGGAAACCGACGACCGUAGAAAGUACAAAUACGCUUAUCGCUGUCCAGAAAUGGAAGAUCCUGUCUUCUUGAACCCAUCGAGUAUCUUGCGCUAUUCGCACCCCGAAUGGAUCGUUUACCAAGACAUUUAUGAACAUGACGACAAGAUCUAUUUACGUGGAAUCACCGCUAUCGAACCAGAGUGGCUGCCUGUCUUUAGCCCUACACAGUGUACGUUUUCUGCUCCGUUAGAGCUUCCCGCUCCUCGUUACGAUUCAGAUCAGGGUCGUGUAAUGUGUCACAUGAAUGUUACAUUUGGGAGAAGUGGUUGGCCUCUUCCUGUAAUGGAGCUUGAAUAUCCAGCUGGUAUCGACCGAUUCAAGUUUUUCGCCCAGUUUUUCCUUAAUGGAGAGGUUUGUCGUCCUCUAGCAAAAUAUACGGCAGUUCUGCUGUCAACUCCAUCAACAAUGGUCAAGACGUGGGCGAAACUCCAGCCCAGGACACAAGUGUUACUUCAACAACUGACAAUUGGUAAUGUCGAUAGCUUAGAUUCGCUUCUUGUCGCUUGGCAAAAAGAUAAGUUCUACCUCCUGGACGCCUAUAAAGCCUGGGUGCCUGAAUCACUCCAUGAAGAAAUCGAUACCCUUUGGCCUCCUGUGUAAUUGACUGUAAAAUAUAUUGACUCCUCCAUUGCGUAAGUAAACUUA